AUGGCGCUGACGAGGCUGCUAAUGAUGGCCUCGCGCCCGCCGUGCUCGCUCUCGCUGUCGCUCCCGUCGCCGUCGUAUAAGAAGACAUCGCGCUGCUGCUGCCACCGCGGUCGCCGACUCCUCCUCCGCAGAGCAAUGCCGGGAGCCUGCCAGGACCUCAGCACCAUCACGCCCACGCCGCGGCAGCAGAGUAUGUCGCAGCUCGAGCGCGGGUCCCUGCUGGUUGGCGGGCGCGAGCUCCUCGUCCGCGCCCCGCCCAACGUCACCCUACGGCCAGCCGGUGCCGGCGUCGCCGCCGCCUCUCGGGCGCUGCUUUCCUCGGAGCCAGGGCGGCGGCGGCGUCCAGCCGCCACUGGGUGGAGGUGGCUGUCACUGUUCAGGUUCAAGAUCUGGUGGAUGAUGCCGGCCACGGGCGUCGGCGCGGCGGCUGUGCCGGCGGAGACGCAGAUGGUGCUUCUGGAGUCCACGAUUGAGGCGGGUUCCGCGGCCGCGGCGGAGCGUGGCUCACUGUACGCGCUUAUGCUGCCGGUUCUUGACGGCGGCUUCCGGGCCAGCCUCCAGGGGAUCCCCGAGGACGAGCUCCAGUUCUGCUUCGAGAGCGGUGAUCCUGAUGUCCAGACGAUGGAAGCAGUUGAUGCAGUGUUCAUCAACUCAGGGGACAACCCUUUCAAGCUUCUGAAGGAAUCCAUCAAGAUGGUGUCCAAGAUCAAAGGAACUUUCACUCAUAUAGAGCAUAAGGAGAUCCCUUCAAAUUUGGACUGGUUUGGAUGGUGCACUUGGGAUGCGUUUUACAAAGCUGUUAACCCAAGUGGGAUUGAGGAGGGCCUUCAAAGUCUGCGUGAAGGUGGUGUGCCACCAAGGUUUCUGAUUAUAGAUGAUGGUUGGCAAGAAACAGUUGACCAAAUUCAAGGAAGCAGACGAAGCCAUCCGCUGAGUGAUCUGAAGGAGAACCAUAAGUUCAGGGGAGAAACCUGCAAGAAUCUUGAGUACCUCAUUAAGAAGAUAAAAGAAAAACAUGGAGUCAACUUGGAGAAAUUUGGAGUGGGCAUCGUUGAUCCUGACAAGAUAUAUGAGUUCUACAAUGAUCAGCACAGCUACCUUUCUAGUGUGGGUGUGGAUGGCGUGAAGGUUGAUGUUCAAAACGUGUUGGAAACUCUUGGACGCGGAUUUGGUGGUCGUGUUGCAGUAACUCGAAAUGCCUUGAAGAGUGCAGUUGCUAAAGCCUCAGAAGAUUUCAUGCCUCGGGAACCAACACUGCAAACCCUGCACAUUGCUUCUGUGGCAUUCAAUAGCCUAUUGUUGGGAGAAAUCUUCAUACCUGACUGGGAUAUGUUCCAUAGCGAGCAUGAGUCAGCAGAAUUUCACGGAGCAGCUAGAGCCCUGAGUGGAGGUGUUGUUUAUGUCAGCGACAGACCCGGGGUGCAUGAUUUCAGUGUUCUAAAAAAGCUUGUUCUACCAGACGGCUCGAUUCUAAGAGCAAGGUAUGCUGGUCGUCCUACACGCGAUUGUCUGUUCACUGAUCCAGUCAUGGAUGGCAAAAGUCUGCUGAAGAUAUGGAACUUGAACAAUUUCACUGGUGUCAUUGGAGUGUUCAAUUGUCAGGGAGCUGGACAGUGGGUUUGGCCAGUGAAAGAAACUGCUUAUGUUCCUAUCAACAUAAACAUCACUGGUCAGCUCUCACCGUCCGAUGUAGAAUCUCUCGAGGAGAUAGAUGGUGAUGAUUGGAAUGGAGAGACUGCAGUAUAUGCUUUCAGUUCAUGUUCUCUUUCAAGGCUUCAGAAGCACCAAAGUUUGGAGGUUUCACUGUCUACUAUGACAUGUGAGAUUUACAACAUUUCACCAAUAAAGAUUUUCAGCGAAGUUGUUCGGUUUGCGCCUCUUGGGCUGAUCGACAUGUUCAACUCCGGUGGUGCACUUCACAAUGUUUCUAGCAUUGCAGAUUCUUCAGCUACGACAAUUCAUAUCAGAUGCCAAGGACCAGGGCGGUUUGGGGCGUAUUCAGCCACCAGACCGGAGCUUUGUAGAGUUGAUGAAAACGAAGUGGAGUUCGCUCAUGCAGAGGAUGGCCUGCUGACCUUUUAUCUCCCCCCUUCUUCCUCCCAGGACAACCUGAGACACGUUGAGAUUGUCUACAAAGCUUCAUGA